AUGAUGGGUGCUGAAGCUGAUGAUAUUCAGUUUAUACACACGGAAGAUCAUAUAUUUUUAAGUUGUGUAUCUGUAUCAGUACGAGGUUUGCAAGAAAUGGUUAAUAGAACUUCAACUGAACAAUUAUCAGCAUCUCAAGAUGGACAAACUUUUCGAACAUUAUUAUAUGAACAUGCAAUUCUUCUUCAACAUUAUCGUAGUCAAAUGCAUGCCUAUAUGUCAACAAGUGAACGUAGUCAAGUCAAUGCAUCAUUUCGUCAGCAAGUAUGGAGGCUUGUACCAAUAUUGAGAAGUGUAGCAUGUGUAUAA